AGCAAUUCUUCCUUGCGCAAUCACGCUGAAACAGUCUCGUUCGUCUCACGGAGUGAGAGAAAGCAGUGUCUGGCUGUUCGUUUGUUCGUCGUUCGGUAGAACCUCGGAUCCACACCCUCUCUUACGCGAGGGCCCUUUUUCUCACAUCAUGGAUAGAGAGUUUCUGGCGUAUCUCACUCGCUGCAGCUACUGCCGUCAUGUCUAAGGCCACGAAGAGAAAGCACGUCACACGGCAAGUUGUGGAAGAGUUUGUAGAGCCCCAGGGCAGUCAGAAAAUAGUCAAGGUGUUGUGUGGAAGAGGAAACAAUCUCCACCAGGUAGAGGAAGCGGAAGGCCAGCAGUUUCUGGCCAGCAUGCCCACCAAGUUCAGGAAGAACGUGUGGAUCAAAAGAGCAUUCCUCCUCUUUCACCCCUACCGUAGGCCUCCCCAGUUUGAUGGAUCGUCCAGAGACACCCGUAGAGACAAUAGUUGGUAA